AUGCCCGAGCUUCCAGCUAGGGUUUCCAACUCCAAUCAAUUUGGACCGUUGCCUCCUCUUUUCAAAUGCGCUGCUCCUGAUGGAGUUGAUGGUUCAAAUUUAUUACCCGGAGUCAUAAAUUUGACUUGUGAUCGGUUCGUUCUGGGUACUGAAGUCAUGAGACACGUGAAAGGGAUUGACCUUCUUCUUGUGGGUGCGAUGGGACUGGAACUGGAAAUGGGGUGCUAG